AUAUUGACCUUAAAUAUGAAAAAGGAUAGAUGCAAUCAAAUUACGCACGGGACAAAACCUACACCGGAGAAGAGGCGCUUCCUACUUCCAUCUACUCCACUGAGAUUUUAGGGCUCUUAACAUAAAUAAACCCUAACAAAAUAGGCAUCAAUGGAGGCACUGAAAGAGUGUUGCGCGAAUAUAGUUGUGUAUCUACAUCCAUCCAAGGCCAAAAAGGUCGAGGCCUCUGUUUAUCGCCAACUUAGCUCUCUUCUUUUCAAGUUUAAUGAAUCUUUAGAUGGUGUGGUAUUGACUUAUGAACCGAAGUUCAGUAGCAAUUUGGCUAAAAUUCUUCCAGGAAUUCACCCUUAUUUUGGCGUGAGAUUUGAAGCAAAGUUGCUACUUUUUCAUCCAAAGCCAGACAUGCUAUUAGAAGGUGAGGUCGUUAAAGUUGGCCAGCAGUCUAUUCACAUAAUUGUUCUUGGUUUUUCUUCUGCCGUCAUAGCAGAUGAGGACAUUCGAGAAGAUUUCAAGUAUAAAAUUAAACAUGGGAAAGAAGUUUUUGUCAGCAGAUCUCACAAGAAACACAGGAUCAAAGUGGGAACUACUCUACGAUUCUCAGUCAAGAAUUUUGAUGAAGAGAUACUACAUAUAUGUGGGUCAUUAGUGCCAUCUAACACAGGAAGUAUUCAAUGGUUGGAAACGAAGGCAGAAGAGUCUCAAGCUUACAGCAUUACCGAAAAGAGGAUAGGCAACAAAAGGGCUGCUGAAUUGCUCGAGCCUGCUAACAUAGUGUCCUACAGGAAAAAGCUGAAAUCUGAAAAUCAUAUUAAGAAAUCGAGAAGAUCUAAAAGCAGAGACAGCUAAAUGUGCUAAUUGUAUGCAUACAUUUUUGGUAAGGUGGAUGUCAAAGCUUAUGGAGGAUUAGUUGAAGAACUUGGAUGCAAGGUGAUGUAUUCUGGGGUUUGUGAAGAAUGGAUCGGUAAAAAUGGCCAAUAUACACUGGUUUUUGUUGUUACCGCUCAUGAUGGGCAAAGAUAAUAUAGGAGGAAGAUGAAUCUUUAAAUUGCAUAAUCUAUAUCACUCUAAUCUUCUUAUUGAGUUUGUGCCUCAGAUGUUUGGUUGUGAGCUAUACUUUGCGAGGAGCCAAACGAGCAUAUGGCUUUGCCUUGCCAUUUGACCUUAAUAGCUUUUACCUACAUUUUUCUAUCCUAAAUUUUGUUCAACUAAAUGCUGAGAUGAAGUUGGUUGAUUGAUUAUUUCUAUGGAUUUUUUGUGCCUC